GGCAGGAGUCUGCGGACUUGAGGAGGUGGAGAAACUGUGCUGCUGCUCCAGUGUCCCUUGGAGGGGGAGCAGUUUCCCAGGAGGGAGAAGGGAAUUAUUGUGCUCGCUCGCUUCCCCCUCCGCCCCCAUUUGUUUUCUAUAGGUAGCGGAAAGAUCACGCUGUCAUUAAAGGCACAUCCCCUCCCUUUGUGCCGGUGCCAGGAAGGGAGAGACAGAUAAACAGUCACUCCGAGGUGGUGGGGGAGUCCAUUGGCGCCCCAGAUGAAGCCGAUCGCUCGCGGAGGUGUCAUUAUGAGUCCCACCUUCCAAGGGGAAAGGGGCUGCUCCGUUGUCCCUGCCCUCUCGCUCUGCGAAAGAGCUGAAUGACGCGGUGUGCUCUUGCUGUUAUUGUUCCAGCUGGCAAGCGUCAGGGAUGAAGACACGGGGAUGUUUGUGGUCCUAAUUUGCAAAGUAUCCCAUCUUCUAGGAGAACAGGAUGCAGCGUUGACUCCAGCGAUCCGCGCAACACCCUAAAAAUUAAAUAUGAUGAGGAAGAGGAGGAAGCGAGGAGGCCGGCUCGCCUGCUCAUGCAGCAGUCCCGUCCCGCCGCCGCCGGAGUCCCGCAGACCUGCAUGGACGGGCAUGGGGAGAGCAGCACCUUCCUACGCCGCCGGGGCUGAGCAACGCCGCCGCCGCCGGCUGCACCCGCCGCCGCCGGCCGCCCUGUUUCUCCUCUUCAACGUCGGGUUGCUGCUGCGCACAGGUGACUGCCAGCUGCAAACACCAUGUCGAAUCCAGAAGUGCACCACAGACUUUGUGUCAUUAACUUCGCAUCUAAACUCUGCUCUUGAUGGCUUUGAUUUGGAGUUCUGCAAAGCCCUGCGGGCAUAUUCUGCCUGCACCUAUCGCAAUUCCAAAGUCUGUCGUGGAAACCUAGUUUACCAUUCUGCUGUGCUAGGGAUCAGCGACCUCAUGAGUCAGAGAAACUGCUCCAAGGAUGGGCCAACAUCUUCUACUAACCCUGAAGUUACCCACGACCCCUGUAAUUACAGUGGCCGCAUAGGAGCCAGAGAACUUCGGGGAGGGGAGCAAACCCCUCCUACUUACCUCUUUUGUGGUUUGUUUGGUGAUCCUCACCUUAGGACUUUUAAGGAUCACUUUCAGACAUGCAAAGUGGAAGGUGCCUGGCCUCUCAUAGACAAUAACUACUUAUCAGUGCAAGUGACGAAUGUGCCUCUGGUGCCAGGAUCCAGUGCUACUGCUACAAAUAAGAUAACUAUUAUCUUUAAAUCAUACCAAGACUGCACAGAGCAGAAGGUGUACCAGGCAGUGACUGAUGACCUACCGGCGGCUUUUGUAGAUGGCACAACAAGUGGAGGUGACAGUGACACCAAGAGCUUGCGCAUAGUGGAGAGAGUCAGUGGCAGAUACGUGGAGAUGCACGCCAGGUACAUCGGGGCCACUGUGUUUGUGCGCCAAGUCGGACAUUACCUAACGCUGGCCAUUCGCAUGCCAGAAGAGCUGGCCAUGGCUUAUGAAGAAAGCCAGGACCUCCAGCUGUGUGUGAAUGGCUGCCCCUCGAGUGAACGCAUUGAUGAUAGUGGUCACUUACCUUUGCCCGUUAUGGGGCAGCUUCUUCCACAUGCUGCCUCUACUCAGCCCCGGUCUGUGUACACACUGGAGAGUGCCACUACCAAAUGCCAUGAGAAGAUGCUGGUGAAGGACAUCUAUUUUUACUCUUGUGUGUUUGAUCUGCUCACCACUGGUGAUGCUAACUUCACGGCAGCAGCUCAUAGUGCCUUGCAGGACGUAGAGGCGCUGCACCCCAGGAAAGAGCGCUGGCACAUCUUCCCCAACAGUGGAAAUGGUGAUAUGGGCAAAAAUAGCAAAUUGUCCGUUAGUCUUGGACUUGUGUGCUUAAUCCUUGUUGCGUUUUUGUAGGGUUUUUUGUCUAUAACAAAGUUUUAAAAUAUAUAUUGUCAUAAUAUAUUGAGUAAAGCUAAGAGUAUAUAUGUAUAUACCAUGUAUAUGAAGGGAUGUUUGUCUUGGGACACCCGCCAGAUUGUACAUAUUGUGUUUGUUUUACAUGUAUGUCGGAUGUAGUAUUCUUUGAUUGUAUCAAUUUGUUUUGCAGUUGGUGAAAUGUUUUAUAAUGUCCCUGCAUUGGGACCUCAUAGAAAGCACUUUAUUUUUUAUAUAUGAAAUAUUUAUGUGUGUAGCUGGGUAAUAUGUAUAAUACACAUGUACAUACACCACCCCCAGUGCUCCCUCUAAGUAUUACAUAGUUUAAAAAAACUUUUAUAUGUAAGUACUUUUUCUGUGUUCCUCUUCUUUCGAUCCUUAAUUUCCUCCCAAGACCACCAGGCAUUCUACUGUGAAUACAGCACUAACUUGCUAUUCUCUCUAAGUGAAUCAUUCAGACUGAGUCUGCUUAUGAUUUAUACAGCAACGUGCUGUAUGUAGAACAGUCUUGGGUGUUUCUCUAGCUCACUUGACAUGUUUUAAUUGCAUAGCAUGACAUUGAAUAUUGCCUUUCCCUCAAGACUGCUAGUUUUAUUCUGUGAAUGAGUUGAAAUUGAGGGAUCAUUUGGUUGCCUAGGCUCAAGGAGAGCACCUGAGAUUUUUUUUAAUUGCCUAGGUUGUAUCACUAGGAUAUCAAGGGGCAUGCUGGGAGAUUUUUCCCUACCCGUGCACCCUACAUAAACACACUUUUCCUUAACAGUCCCUGUCACAGCUGUCCAUCUUCUUUUGGGACUGAUAGCUGGAGGGGUGCUAAGUGACCUAAGAAAUUCCCUUCCAUAAGCAGUGCUUCUACCAAAUGUGUUAGAAUAUAGGGAGAGGGUUAUUUCAACAGAGUCCUCAUGCAUGGUAGGGAUAAAGUUCAACCACUGGGUCACUGAAUCAAUCUAGUGCCUUAAAUUAUUGCAAGAAAGAGGUAACAUCUUACAUAGUAAAGAUUUUCAACAGUAAAAAUACCCACAUGUGCCACACACACAGCCCCUGCCCCCCACUCUCAUGAUUGCUAAUUGGUCUAAGUGUGUGUUUGUAUUCUGUUUUUCUCUUGGAAACAGUUUAGUGUAGAUUAGUGAGUCUCUAACAUUCCAAGGGUAUGUCUACACUGCAUUUUAAAGCCUGUGGCAAUGAGUCUCAGAGCCCAGGUCUACGGGCUUGGGGGCUCACUCUGUGGCGCUUAAAACCGUAGUGUUCUGAAACCCACUCACCUCCAGGCUUCAGAGCCUGAGCUCCAGACCUAAGCCUGAAUGUUUGUGGCUAUUUUUAGUUCCGUAAGUGAGCCCCUGUCUAUAGACCUAGGCACUGAAACUUGCUGCUGCAGGUUGGUGGGGGGUGAUUGGGGUUUUCGGAGGGUGCUGUGUAUACAAGAAUAACAGACUGGAAUAGUCUUGCUUUCAUUACUCUAAAGUUCAGUAAGUAAAUUUUACUCAAUGCUUGUUGGGUAGUGUGAGAGGUGAUACGUGAAAGUUAAAUCUCUCCUCUUUUUGCAUGGAAUGAUGAAGGGCUAGACAGAUUAGGGAUGGUCUCCUUUUAGCAAUUGCUGGGACUCUCUGUUGGCAGAGAGACUUAACUUGACACUGGAAUUGGUGGAAGAUUUACAUGCCACUUACAUUGGGCUGGGAAUGCUGUUUUGAAAACCAAUUAAGCUAGCUUGGUUUGGCUAGCCAGUGUGGAAGGCAGAACGAUGUACUAGACAAGAACACAUUCUAAUGUGUUCAGAUAGUUUGCCCCAUCCCUUCUGCCUGGCCACACUGUUUAAACUGAGUUAGCUGGAAAUGGUUUUCCAAAUGCUCUAGGUAAUGUGGUUUCUGGCCUACUGUCAAAUGGGGUAGAGGAAGGGAGCUUUCCUGUUUUGCUGCUCUAACGUGGGGGGGAACCCUUGUAUUUUGGGUGGCUGAAUUUCCCCAUUAGUGCACUGAGUUUAAAAGUAUUGUGAAAGAAUUGUAGUGGCUGAGCCUAGAGUUGCUGCCCCAGUACAAGUACAUAGUAAAUGAUGCAGAUCUAGUAGCUAGUUUCCUGUCCCCCAGUCCCACAAAUACGUGUGUGUGUGUGUAUACACACACACACACACGUGUAUAUAUACUAGUAGCAAAUUGUGAGCCCCAUAGACAAGUAAAAUUUCAGAAAUGUUGUGCUUCCUUCAAAGCGUUUUCUUGUUCCUGCUGUGGGAUUUCUUGAGAAAAUGUUAUUUGCACAUGUUGGUUCUUGAAGUCCACACUAGCCAAAAGAGUUUUAUUUAAUGCCAAACAUCUGGAUAUUUUGAAGCUUAGUGAAUGGUCUCUGGGGAGAGCUUACGCUUAGAGGGAACACUGGUUUUCACAGACACUCCAAAUGGCUGUCUUUUUUAGAAGGCUUCAAAUUUUAUUUUUAUGCUUGGAAACCCCACAAUGUGUCAGUCUUUGCAAAACCUUCUUGAUGUGGUUCAUGGAUAUACCAGUAAGUAUAUGUUUGUGUAAAAGAGUGACUGUGCAGUGUGUAAAUACUUUAAAUUAUUAUGAUAGAAGAAUAAAGUUACAUACCAUGCUGUGGAA